AUGAAAAACCAAUUUUCCAAUUUUCAACAAGGUGAUUCGAGAAAGCUUUACAAAUCGGUGACCACGCAAAUCUUUUCGCUACCCGAUGAUUAUUCGCUCUUUGUCGGACACAACUACGAUGGAAUUGGGGAAACCACUGUGGCGGAAGAAAAACAAUGGAACCCUCGGCUUUCAAAGAGUGAAGAGGAGUUUGUGGAGAUCAUGAAAAAUCUUAAUUUGGCACCACCAAAACAAAUCGACAGAGCCGUGCCCGCCAAUUUGGUUGAUGGAGACAUU